CGACUCUUCCAAAGCUAAAAAAGAAUACACCAUCAAACCCCCGCACUCCCUUUUCAAAAUCCUCUCUCUCUCUCUCUCUCUCUCUCUCUCUCUCUCCGCCUCUCUCUCUGGGUCCGUCAAAGAACACCGUGUUUGGGGGCGUCUUCCGAAAAUCAAAAUACCGAUAUCUCUGCAGCUGCCUGCUGAAUGGAAGCCAUUAGAAAGCAGGCUACAAGGCUUCGAGAGCAGGUUGCAAAGCAACAACAGGCUGUUCUGAAGCAGUUUGGUGCGAGUGGAUAUGGAGGUUCAGACGGUGUUGUUACCGAUGAGGCUGAAUUUCAUCAGCAUCAGAGGCUGGAGAAGCUUUACAUAUCGACCCGUGCUGCCAAGCACUUCCAAAGGGAUGUUGUUCGUGGCGUAGAAGGGUAUAUUGUUACUGGUUCCAAACAAGUGGAAAUAGGUUAAUUGGUGAAAGUUUCAAUUUUGUUUGUACAAUUUUUGUCCAUUCUAAAUAUAAUGUAGCAUCUCUCCAAGAAGUUUGACAUUAAUUGUGUUGUAUAGGAACAAAGUUAUCAGAAGAUAGUCGGAAGUAUGGCUCUGAAAAUACUUGUACUAGUGGGAACACAUUAUCAAAGGCUGCACUCAAUUAUGGGCGUGCUCGUGCUCAGAUGGAGAAGGAGCGGGGGAAUUUGUUGAAAGCUCUCGGUACACAGGUUGCAGAGCCGCUUAGGGCGAUGGUGAUGGGAGCUCCGCUGGAAGAUGCCCGACAUCUUGCUCAACGUUAUGAUAGAAUGAGACAAGAAACAGAAGCUCAGGAGUGGACAUCAUUAUCCUCAAGCAUGACACUUUUGCUGAAUGCUAGACAGGCCAUUGAAGUUUCUAAACGCCAGGCAAGAGCAAGGGAAAUGCCUGGUCAACCCGAGGUUACAAUGAAAUGGGAAGCUGCAGAGUCGAAGCUUCAAGAUCUGAAGGCUAACAUGGAUAUCCUGGGGAAAGAAGCAACUUCAGCAAUGGCAGCUGUUGAAGCUCAACAACAGAGGUUGACUCUCCAGCGACUUAUAUCUAUGGUUGAAUCAGAAAGAACGUACCACCAAAGAGUUCUUCAAAUACUCGAUCAGCUUGAAACUGAGAUGAUAUCUGAACGACAACGAAUUGAAGCACCUCCACCACCUGUCGAAAACCACAUGCCCCCUCCACCCUCAUAUGAAGAAGUGAAUGGCGUUUAUGCCUCUCAAACACAAAAUGGCUCUACAGAUAGUAUGGGAUAUUUCUUAGGAGAGGUUAUGAAUCCUUACAAUGCCGAAACUGACGUCGAGCUGGCUCUUUCAGUCGGUGACUAUGUUGUGGUCAGAAAGGUGACGAAUAAUGGAUGGGCGGAAGGGGAAUGCAAAGGGAGAGCAGGUUGGUUCCCAUUUGCAUAUAUUGAAAGAAGGGAGCGUGUACUGGCGAGCAAAAUAGCUGAAGUGUUUUAAAGACUCUUGAAUAUUUUGUUCAGAAUGCUUCUCUCUGGGGGCUGUUCGUUUCUCUCCCAGCAGUGUAUGAAUGUGUGUAUUGCUUUUUAGCUCUCAUAACUCCAAUGAGCCCCCUUUUCUCAUUUCCUGUAUUUUUGUGCAGUAGGUUUCAUCUCAUAUGCCCUUUUCCCCUUGUGAUAUAGGUACCAAUAACAUUCAUGAUCUCUUGCUGGUAUUUUUUUGAAAGUACCAGUCUAAUUUAGCUAUGAAGUACAUGUGAGCAUAUACAUUGGAACGAAUUUGCUGUGUUGUAAUAAAUAUUCUUGUUUUUUACCUAUGAGGUUUUCAAUUCGAGGAUGAAUUUUGAAAGAUCGAGAUAGUUCUCUUGUAGCAAUGUUCUUAUUU